AUGUCUACUAGUCAACAAACCCAAAAGCGUAAAAGUGCAAGCAACAGUUCUUCUUCCUCAAAGAAGAAGAAAGAUGAGUCUGAGUUAAGAAUGAAACCACUUGAGCCAGUCGGAAUGCAAUGGUAUUCUGUUGAAUUAUUACCAGCAACCAUUAACAAGGGACCUCCUGAAGUGGGUAAAUUGACAAACUUUAUUGAGAAUUUGAGAAAACAAGAAAUCACAGUACGAGCAGAUAAAUCCAUUAUCAAACAAUUAUUUAAGAAGCAUCAAUUAGUAUACAUCCUUAUUCUCUACAAUGAAUACUUGAAACAUUUACAAAGAAAGAACAGUGAAUUUGAAAACUUUCCCACUGUCUCCUACUCUCUCCCUGUUGAAGAAUUGUUUCAGUUUUUAAUUGAAAAAAUUGAACAAAUACAGAAAGUGCUAAAGCCAUUUUUUGAUUUUGACAGAGAAUUACAAUUUCGUAAAGUGAAUAAUCUUCAAAAUGUAGCUCAUGUUCCAUAUAAUAAGUUGCAUGAACAUGAUAGAUAUUAUCUCAAACAUGAAACAGAGCCUCUUAAGGUUGCAAUUGUUGAAUUGAUUUCGUUUACAAAGCAAGAGUGUAAUUGUAAAUUUUUACAUUGGAAAAUAGAUUGUGAUACUUGUUGCUCAACUGAAAUGAUUGAAAAAUAUCAAGAGGGAAAAUAUUAUGAUUUCCCAUUGAGUAAUCUAUAUGCUAAACCACUUGGUUUGGACCCUGAAGAGAUGGAUGAAGAGGAGGAAAAUGUUACCUCAACAAAUUAUCUAUUUGCUGUUCCUCCAAUUAAUGAUGACAAGGAUACAGAAAAAGAUAAUUCAGAGAAUCAUUUUUUGAAGAAAGAAAAUGCAGAACUCGAGAAGAAAUUAGCAGAAUCCAAUCGUCUACAAAACCAUUUUGCUUCAGAAUCAGCCAAGAAAAGCAAGGAAAUAGAAGACUUGAAAAUGAGACUUGAAUUUAAAACUGUAGAAUCAAAUCAAAAAUCCAAAUAUCUCAGUCAAAUAUUUAACGAUAUUGUUUCCCACUCCAAAUAUGUAAAACCAGAAUAUGCUAUUAUGGAAACUUGUAAAUUGGUUGGAAAUGAUCGCAUUCCAGAAGAAUUUCAUUCAGUACUCACCAAUACUGAAGAAAGCUUUUCUAUUGAAUUAAAUGGUAAAACAUUUAACUUAACUCCUCAACAAAGGGACAAAAUUAGGCAGAAAGAUACUGGACAAGUAUUUGCAUUUGUAUUUUUUGAAUUACUGAAGAUGAAUAUCAUUUCUAAUAAUGAGAUCCGAGGUCCACCAGAAUUCAAAACAUCCCUUAUUGAUCAAUUAGUCACAUACAACAAAUACUUCCAAAGUACACGUGAAUCAGCAGUUGAGAACAGAAACAAAGACCCUUUGUUAAAGGCAUACAGUAACUUUCUGGGUAUACCAACAAGUAAGAAGCCUCUUCCGAAAUACUUUGCCGAGUACGAUUCAAAGUACUACACCAACAAUGAACAAUAA